AUGAAGACUAGUUUUGCAUCCUCAUUGAUGUGUGGUGCUCUCAUCCUCUCUUCCGUGUCAGCUGGAGGAGACUUUCAAAUGGAUGGUGGCGAGUCAAGCGUAAAUGACGCAUACCUAAGCUCAAUGGACCCAGCCCCAACCACCUAUGAGUAUGUUGGGACUUUAGGGAACACUAUAGCAGCCGCGACAGAGACUGAAGCUACAACGAGUGGUGCACCCGUGACAAUGUCUGCAGACCUUAAAAAAACAUUUGGCAUUGAUCACGGAGCAAUUGAAACUCCUCCUAGUGAACAAACCGGUUUGUCCAUCGACUUUAAGUGGGUGCCAGACGUCCCUUCGACGGUUCCAGGAUCAAAAUCAAAUGAAGAUCCAACAUUAUCAAAAGAAGAGCCAAUGUGGAAUUCUGUGCCGUCAAGCGAGUCGCCAAGUUAUUCAUAUCCUGCUAUUCCAUUAGAACAGGUCUCAUCCACAAUCUCUCCACCACCAAGCUAUGAAACAAACAGUGGCUCUCCCAAUCCCUCCACAUAUUAUGAAGACCCAUCGAUUUCUCCAUCACCUUCAGUAGCCAACUGCAAGGUUCGUCGAACGAGGCGCUAA